AUGGGGAUGGAAGCGUAUCUGAAGAUGGUCAAUCUCGAUCAUCUGUUGAAAAACCAGGACAGUGUUGCUUUUUCAGUUUACAAGAAAGCUAAACAAGUACCAGAGGAAGAACGUGAAGCCUUCCUAAUGAAGGAAUUAGAAGAAAUAAAGGACUGUAAAAAGAGAAAGGACAGAGCGAGAGAACUUGAAAGCAUUGACAUGAACAACAUUAUAUCCAGCUCAACGGAGAAGAAGGAGAAUAAGGAGGAGGAAGAGACGGACGAGAAGGAUUGCGAAGAGGUGGAAAUGAUGAGGAGGAGGAAAAUGGCGAUGAUGAUGAAGAAGAAGAUGAAAGUGACGAAUUCGACGAAGUUUAGUAAGGCCACCAAUCAGUUGCACCGGGUUUCUUCACAAGGAUGUCAUUGUAUUCAGGUCUUGAGGACGAAGAGGAUCUCGAAUUCUGCAAAGCGGACAAAGGCGAAAACAGAGUUGACUGCACGAGUCAACAACGACGAAGACGAUGAAGACGAAAAUGAUGAAUCUUCCCUUCUUCUGCGGAUGCCAUCGAACCCAAUCAUCCCUCUCCUUUCCGCCAUAUCGAUCCAAUCUGUUUCUGGAUUUAAUUGGAAGAAAUAA